CAAAUAGUAAAUAUUAUUAUUAGAAUUUCUAAUAAAAUAAAAUUUAAAUAUAUUGAUUGAGAUUUUUAUUAUUAAAUUUUAUUCAUUAUAAUUUACACUCGAUUAAUUAUAAAUAAUAAUGUGGGCCAACGUUAAUAUUGCGGCUAAUGGAUUUUUGAAUGAUGAUCGUGAUUUAAAUAAUGGAAGUAAAAAAAUUGCAAGAAGAAUUGUUAAAAUAAUUCCGGUUAUGAUUCAACAAAUAAAAUCAUUUAACAAUGAAUCACAAAAUCAUGUAUUUACUUUUGUUGGUAUUGUGAAUUAUAUAGAACGAAAUAAUACUAAAAUAACAUAUGAAAUAGAAGAUGAUACAGAUCACAUCAAAAGUUUCAAAUGGUUAGAAACAGGAAAAAUAUCAGAGCCAUUAAUUAAUUUAAAUACUUAUGUACGAAUAUAUGGACAUUUAAGGGAACAAAAUGAAAAGAAGUAUAUAUUAAUUUUAAGGAUUUGGCCUUUGAUUCAUUUAAAUGAAUUAACUAAUCAUUUAUUAGAAGUGACUUAUGUAAUAUUAAAAUCUCAGAAAAUGUUAAAUAAACAAAAUAAAAAAUCUAAUACAGAUAAUGCUUUUAUGAUAGAUGAUAACUUUAUUGGAUUAACUAAAGAACAAAGCAUAAUUUUUAACAUUAUUCAAGCAAAAAAUAAUAGUGAAAAUGGAAUAGAAAGAAAUGUUAUCAAAACUUGUGUGCCAGAGAAUAUAGAUGUAGAUAAUAUAAUUGAUUUUCUUAUAAAUGAAGGACAUAUUUAUAGUACAUUUACAGAUAAUCAUUUCAAAACAACUUAAUUAUUAUAUAUUAUUAAAAAAAAUUAUUUAAAAAAAAAA